AGAAUGUAAAGAGAAAAAUAAAAAAUAUAAAAAAAAGGUUUUUACCUUUUUUUUUAAAUAAUUUACCCCUAAUUACGACUAUAAAAAAUGUAUAAAUGAAAAAGAAAAAAAAAAUUAUUUUAAAUAACAAAAAAAAGCUUCAAAUAAAAAAUAAACAAACAAAUAGAGUAAGAAAUUAAUUUUUAUCACACAUCACACAAGAGUUUUUCUUUUUUUCUGAUGAUAAGAAAUUUAAAUAUUUACAUAUACAUAUAGUACAUAAUAUAAAAUACAAAAAAAAAAAAUUGUUAAUUUUUAAGUUGUUAAGUUUCUCAAGUUUCAAUACAUAAGUAAUAAGAAGAAACACAAAAGAAAAAUCUUAAAUUUUUUUAAGUAUAUAUAUGCAUUGUAUAUCAUACGCAUAAUAUAUAUAUAUAUAUAUAUAAAUAUAUAUAUAUAUAUAUACAUACGAAUGUACCUAUACGGGAAAAAAAUGGCUGAAAAUUAUAAAGUUCCAUCAACAAGCAAAAUACUAGUUGAUAAACUGGUUCGUGUUGGUUAUUAUGAAUUGGAAAAAACAAUUGGCAAGGGUAAUUUUGCGGUUGUUAAAUUAGCAUCAAAUACUGUCACAAAAUCAAAGGUUGCAAUUAAAAUUAUUGAUAAGACGUGCCUAAAUGACGAAUAUUUGGCGAAAACUUUUCGUGAAAUUUCAAUAUUAAAGUUAUUACAACAUCCGCACAUAACACGUUUAUAUGAAGUUAUGCAAUCCGAAACGAUGAUAUAUUUAGUGACAGAAUACGCAGCACAUGGAGAAAUUUUUGAUCAUUUAGUUAUUAAUGGACGGAUGAAAGAACAAGAAGCUGCAAGAGUUUUUGCACAAUUAAUUACAUCUGUUGAAUACUGCCAUUCCAAAGGUGUUGUACAUCGAGAUCUAAAAGCCGAAAAUAUAUUAUUAGAUAAGGAUAUGAAUAUUAAGCUUGCUGAUUUCGGAUUUAGUAAUACUUUUCAUCAUGGAACCCCACUAACGACAUGGUGUGGUUCACCACCAUAUGCUGCACCAGAAGUAUUUCAAGGCCUUGAAUAUGAUGGUCCUAAAGCGGAUAUAUGGAGUUUAGGUGUUUGUUUAUAUGCUUUAGUAUGUGGUGCAUUGCCUUUUGAUGGUAAUACAUUGUUAGAAUUGAAAAGUCGUGUUGUUACGGGAAAAUUUCGAAUUCCAUAUUUUAUGUCACAAGACUGUGAGCAUCUUAUACGUCAUAUGCUAGUUGUUGAGCCGGAUCGACGUUAUACAUUAGAACAAAUUUCAAAACAUCGAUGGUUAAUCGAAUGGCAUUCCAUGAUUGACGAUGUAAAAAUAGCUGCUAACAAUCAAAAUGAAUUAAAUAAUUUGGAUUCAACCGUUAUGACACAUAUGUUACAGUUACCUGGUUUAACUGCGGAUAUGAUUGCGCAAUCAGUACACGAAAACCGUUUUGAUAACGUAUACGCAAUUUAUAAUCUACUUUACGACAAGCUGCAAAUGAAACGCAGAGAAAAGCAAAAAUUGCAACACCAUGCCAAUCUGGCUUAUUCGAGAAAUCGUAAAACAAGUAUUACAACUGGAGUAGUUGAUCGUUCGGAGCCAGUUAAACAAGAAUCCGUAGAUCGGUUAAGUCCACUCACAAAUACAACACAACUUUCGGCCUCCCUAUCUGGUUGGACUGAUGCUCCCCUAGAGUUAGAAAUUUUCGAUUCUGAUGAUAGUAGUAAUCUUGUGAAUAAAGGCGAGCAAAGUGAUAAUCAUCUUACCAUUCAAAAUCCAAUGACCCUAUCUGUGGCACAAGGUAAUGCACGUCGUCAUACUGUUGGGCCUGGUGAUGUAGCACAUGAACAAGCUUUAGCCAAUCCGAAUGUUCCGAUAAAUUUCAAAUACGAUGAUAAAGAAACGCAGCAUUUGCCAAUUACAAAUUUACCUAUGUUACAAAAUCAACCAUUACAAAAUUUAACAUUCAAAGAUCAACAUUUAUUAAAACCUCCAACUGUUAUGGGAGCAACGAAUGCAUUUGGAAGACGUGCUUCUGAUGGCGGAGCUAAUCUACAUAUAAUAUAUCCAACGUCAACAAGUAAUAUACAUCACUCACAACAACAGGCGAGUCAAUUACAUCAACAAAGUCAGCAAUCAUGUGGAACACAAAUUGAAGGAUAUUAUCAAAAUCCUAAUGAAAUAAAAUUAAAUCAACAUGAAAAUAUGAACCUAUUUACCGAAAAACUUUCAUUAUUGGGUGCGAUGGGUCACAUACCAGCCGAAACUGGUGAAGAAACUAGUGAUGAAAUUCAACGCUACAUGCAAAUCCGUGGUUCUUCAAAACGACAUACAGUUGGAUGCACUGAUGAUUUAUCUGAAAGCGCUAUAGAUGCUACUUUAUCACACUCGCCAGCACCACAGUCUGGUAGCAGAACUAGACGUACUGGACUUUUAACUGUUAUGGAAAGACCACCAGUUAUAAGCCCAGAAUUAAUUCGCGAAGUAGAAGCUCGUAUGAAUCGUAAUUAUUUACCACCAGCGCUUAAAAUGCAAAAUUCAAACUUAGCUCAUUUACAAAAAACACAAAGUCCACCAAGUUUAAUUUGUCAACAUUCACAAAAAACAUCCUCUUCAUGUGCAUCCAAUUCUUCAUCAGUUGUUGCAGCAGCAGUGUCGUGUUUAUUAUCAGCAGCAAAUAGUUACAGUAGCAAUAAUAAUUUCAACAAUAAUCAGAGCAAUGUAACUGGAUAUACACAAUCUUUAUCUACUCCAUUAUCUUUGCCGUUAUUGACAAUGCCAUCAUCAUCAACAAUUUGUAUGGGCAGUCGUCGCUAUGUUAGAGCAUCGGCGGCUGGAAAAUUGCCCACUGUUCAAGAAGUUGGCCGGUAUAGUCCAGUUCGACGGGCUUCUGAAGGUAGUAAAACACAGUUCCAAGGUCCACUUCAAGAGUGCCAAUAUCUUCAAAAAGGUAUUGCCCAGAGAAACUUCUUAAUAACACCACCCCUCGAUAAUUCCAUCAGUUUGCCAGGUUCUCCAAUUCAUGGGAAACCCUCAAAUUCGCCAAAUUUCUUACGCCAAAGCAUUGAAGUACCGAUAGAUGUUAUAAUGAAAAUAGUGCCUGCAUUAGACCAUCUAGUUAAAGAAAAUCGCCUAAGUGUUGACAUGGCAAAGAAUAUUGUGUCAAGUCGACAAAUACCACAUGAUUUGGCGCAACAUUUGGGCUUAGUUGUAAACACCAAUCAAAAAUUAAAUCAAUUCGAUAAUAUCGGACAACAUCAAUACAGUUAUAGUGUUUCACCGUUAACUAAUACUUCAAGUAAUAAAUAUCUGACAUCUGCAAGUGGUUAUAAUACGCCAACAUUUGGAGGUAGUGGAACUGGCGGGAAUGGCUCUAGUGGCCAUCAAAUCAAUUUAGCAAUGAAUUUAAAUAGCAAUUUAACUGGAAGUAGCAAUAGUAGUGGAUGUCCUUCGCCAAUUUAUUCAAGUUAUAGUGGUUGUUCAUCGCCAAAUCCAUUUUAUGGUGGUGGAGGAGCUUCUCCUUUGCAUCAAAUCACAAAAGGCAUUAGCGGUUUAACUACAGGAGGUGGAGGUUCUAUCACACGCGGAACUUCGGCAACAAGUGAAACUGCUGCAUCUUUUAAUCAACCAUUAGAUUUAUCAAUGGAUAUAGGUGAAAACGAUUCCCAACAAUCAACUGGAAUAUUUUCUGGCGCGUCUUCAAAUCCAUCAGGUACUAAUCAAUCUUCGAACACUUCAAGUUCAUCUACUGGUUGGAUUGUUCCUCCAAGCUUUUAUGAUUUGAAACCACUAAAUUUGUCACCAGCUCAACCAGUACGAAUCGUACCAACACCUCCAGCUUCACCUAAUUUAUGUAUUAUACAAGAAGAAAAUUCUUUAUCGGGAAAUGGAAAUGGAAGUAGUUCAAGCCCAUCUAGUGGCGAUAGUUGUAGCGGUCCUAUGUUAAUAGCGAGUGGAGAUGAAUCUCCUGGUAGUCAAUUAUCGCAUCCACAAAUAUGUUUGACAGAUGUUCAAGGUAGCGAAAUAACUUUAGUAGCAUUAUCGUCAGAAAAUAGUCGUGAUUCAGAUUGUGAUUCACUAGAAGCACAAAACACCAAUAGUUCUGUAUUAUUACAAGGCUUAGUAUUAACAGAACCCAGUAAUGAUAUGCCAUCCAUAACGAGGGGAGUUGGUCGUAAAGCAAGUAUUGAAACAGAAGGUGUUUGCUCAGGGAAUACAACAACCAGCCAAUCAACUAAUAUAAUUAAAACACAUUUACAAGAUCAUUCUGAUAUUAUUGAUGAUCCAUAUCAUCGAAGAGGUAGUGAUAAAUCUUUAGGUUUUAGUGAUGACAGUUUAAGUAAUGAUUCUACAAAUCAACUGUCCCCUUGCGGCCAGGAGCCCCCUUCGGCAGCAAGCUCUGGUUUCAAAAGUGGAAAUGAUUCCCACUCCGAAGUUGGUGACCAAUUAACUGAAUCUGGAAGACUAACCCCUGAUUCAAUAUCGGAGAUAUGCCGACGUAUGUCAUCAGAUGAAUGUUAUGAAGUGCCAUUGCCACAUGAAUGCGCCAAUUUAGAUACAGAUAAAUUAAUCGAAUUAGUGAAACAAACAAUAGAUUCAACUAUACCUCCCAAAGGAUUUGUACUAAAUAAAAUUGUUGAUGCAACUAGCGAUCUGCAUACAGAAAACAGUUUUAAUACCGACAAUAUAAUGUCAAGUAGCAAUAUAUGUGGCGGUGGUAUUGCUACCUAUAGUACAACUCAUAGUAGUAAUGUUGAUGUCUUAUCAAAUUUAAAUUUGGAAUAUUCUAGUGGACUGCAAAUUGAACUACAAUUAUGUGAAGGCCGGAACAAAGAUAAUGGAAAAGGAAUCAAACUAAGACGCAUUUCGGGCGAUCAAUUUGAGUAUGGAAAAUUAUGUCAACAGCUAAUUAGUUCUUUAACAAUUUAAAUUUAUUUACUAGUUCACAUUUUUAUAACGAUAUAUAAUUUUAAUAUUAACAUAAUGUGUAAAAUUUUGUUUUGGAGAAAAUGAAAUUAAUACUUGUUUUUGCGCAAGUUACCACUGCAUGUAAAUGAAUACCAAGUAAUUCAAAAAAAAAGUUGAAUUACGUAUGUCAAGAACUUUAUUAUUUGAUUAGUAUCUAUUCCAAAUAUUUAUGCACUUUAAAAAAAUAUUAGUCUACUUUAAAAUAUUAAAUUUCUGUGAUAAAUUAAAACUAUUUUUUAUGAUUAUGCUUUUGAAUCAGGCACAUAAUCAUUUCAUUUAAAAAUUUACCUUUGUUUAAAGCAGAAAUAUUAAGUUGAAAUCAAAUUUAUCGCAAAGAAAAUUUUUUAUUUUGCAAAAUU